AUGCGCGAAAAACGGGGGAAUUAUGGAGGGAUUCAGUUGAGCUCUUUGGUGGACAUGGCGUGGGGUAUGUGUGCUUGUCAAGCUGCUCAAUCAGAUUUGCUGCAAGAUAUCGCCGGAGAGAUUUAUGGAUGUCAACCUCCCAGGAACAGGGACAUACUGGCAAAAAUGAUCGAAGUUGAUAGGGCUCUUGUGCUGGAAGGGAAGGGUGUUGAGGCUCCAGAGGCGUGGCAGUUGGCAUUCGCAGAAGCGCAGAGAAUGGAAAUUGAAAGAAGUGAGAAGUCUCGACUGCAUUUCGAGGUGCUUGAUGCUUUGGAAGCUCUUAAGGGUGCCCGUGGGCUCGACGUUCGGUUGAAUAUUGUGAGGAACAAGAAAAUCGGGGGAUAUGUUGUUGACUUCUUUGAUGAGGAAACGAAGUUGGUGAUUGAAAUUGAUACUCUUAAGAAGCCGACUCCAUUGGUUACUCACAUUGUAUUCGAGGUUGUCGACAUGCAGGUUCGCAACCUUGUGCGAUUCAAUGGAGAAGCCUUCUGUACCUUAGUUGUCGAUCCCAGCAGUCCGAUAUCUCUGCGUGCAGUAGCUGGAGGCUAA